ACGUGAUGAUAUCGCGCUGGCGGCAAGAAAGAAAAAGAAUCUCCAUCGAAAGCAUGGCGAGCCGCGCGCCAGGUGCGCCCAUACCAACGCCGUUGUUUUACUCGCACCAGCGGCUCCAAGCAGCCACAGACGCGCUUUUUGAGGACCUUGAUAAUGGAAAUUUGUCCGAUGUAGAGGGCGAAUGCGAUGAAGAAGGCGAUGCUGUCGAGCUUCAUGGGACCGAUCCAGCACAACCGGACAGUGAGAGCGAGAGCUCUGAUGAUGAGUGCGGACUCGGAACAUCCGGUGGAUGGAAAAGGAGACCAUUCCAGAAACCAGACUCAACAUUUCAAGGAGGCUUCCAUGAAGUGCCCGAAUUGGAAGAGGAAAUACCGUCCCCGUAUCAAUAUUUUAGACGUUAUGUUCCAAAAAGUGUGUUCCUUGAACUCGUGGAUAAAACAAACCAGUACUCGGGGCUACAGGAGGGAAGCUCAGUCAAAACCGAUGAAGAAGAAAUGAGGCGUCUUGUAGCACUUCACCUCACCAUGGGUGUUCUGCGCUAUCCGAGGUUGAGGCUGUACUGGAGGCCAAGCAUGAAAUCGGCUCUUGUAGCGUCAACUGGACUGUCACGCAACCGCUUUGAGAAGCUGCGGAACAACCUGCACAUCGUUGAUGUCAAUAACCCCAGCACGACUGACCGCCUUUGGAAGGUUAGGCCGCUAAUGGAUGCUUUUCAAAAACGGUGCAAUGAGCUCGAUGUAGAGGAGCGCCUUUCCCUUGAUGAGCAGAUUGUGCCAUUCAAAGGCCGUCUUGACAUCAAACAAUAUAUCAGGGGAAAGCCAAACCCAUGGGGCGUGAAAAUAUUUAUGCUUUGUGGCGAAUCUGGCCUUAUCUACGACUUCCUUCCAUACCAAGGAUCGACAACUAGCUUAGCUGAGGACCUAAAGUGCAACUUUGGUAUCACAGGUGCAAUAGUUCUGCAACUGGCUCAGCGCAUUCCAUCUGGUUUGGGACAUAAGCUGUUCUUUGACAACUAUUUUACGUCUGUGCCUUUGCUUCGUGAAAUGCUGAAGAAGAAAAUAUUUGCUGCCGGAACAGUAAGGUCCAACCGAUGUGAAAAAUGUCCCUUGAUGAGCGAAAAGGACCUCAAGAAGAAAGGACGUGGCUCAUCUGAUUGCCUCGUGAGUGGGGAUGGACAGGUGGUCGUGACGAGGUGGAUGGACAACAGGGUGGUGACCUUGGCAUCCAACUUUGUUGCUGUGGAGAACGAAGACACCGCUCGCCGGUGGAGCAAAGCAGACAAGUGUUUUCUCGACAUCAAACGACCAGCUGUAGUCGGUGCAUACAACCGCAGCGUGGGUGGCGUCGACAAAGUGGAUUUUCUUGUAGCUCUUUAUCGCACGACCAUCCGGUCGAGGAAGUGGACACUCAGGAUGAUAUUUCAUUUCAUGAACCUGGCAGUUGUGAACGCCUGGCUCGAGUACAGGAAAGACGCUGACAGGCAGCUUAUCUUGCCCACUAAACAGCUCGACCUACUUGACUUUACCUUAGGUGUCAUUGAGGCACUUUCAGCAGCUGAGAGCAAACCUGUGUCGCGGAAGAGAGGGAGGCCCUCGGAUUCUCCUCUGCAGCCUUCCAAGCAACUGAGGUUCGCAGAAAACAGGCCUGUUCAAGAUGUCAGGUUCGAUCAAAUGGGUCAUUGGCCUGUUCACGAAGACUCAAGGGAGCAACGAUGCAAGAUGGAGCGCUGCACUGGGAAAACUCGAGUCAUGUGUGACAAAUGCAACGUUCACUUGUGCUUGACCAAGUCCAGAAACUGCUUUAAGGCGUUUCACCUGCGGAACUAAGACAAUUUCUGCCUCGUUAGCUCUCCUGCGUACUUUGUAAAUAAAGCGCCGACAACUUUCAUUUUACA